AUGUCUGGAUGGAACGGUGUGCGGGGUCUCAUAGGAGCAAAUCCCCUACGAUGCGUUCGAUCUGACCAGGCGCGACACUUGCGAUCCGGCGCAACUCGAAUUCUCAGUCGAAAUCUGAGCCUCGACACCGCGACGAUAACGCUGUGCCGGCGGCAUCAACAUGAGCUCGGAAUUAAAAAGGAUCUGAUACGGGGUCAUAUACGCUCUCUAGAGCUGGGCAGGAGGCGGUUCUCCACGACCCGAGUGAGCAGACAUGGACAUCUGGAUCCACCAAAGCCGGGGGAAGAGCUCAAAGUUACGUUCAUAGACAAGGAAGGGGACAAGCACACAUUUGAGGUUGCGGAAGGCGACAACCUGCUCGAUAUUGCGCAGGCUAAUGAUCUGGAGAUGGAAGGCGCCUGUGGCGGUUCAUGUGCCUGUUCCACCUGCCACGUAAUAGUUGACUCCGAUGAAAUGUACGAUAAGAUCCCAGAGGCCACCGACGACGAAAACGACAUGUUAGACCUCGCUUUCGGCCUGACGGAAACAUCGAGGUUAGGGUGUCAGGUGAAGAUGUCCAAGGAGUUAGAUGGGUUAGUGGUGAGACUGCCACAGAUGACGCGGAACAUGCAGGCUUCGGAUUUCGAGCAGCGCAGUUGA